CAAUGCCAUGCAAUGCUACAGGCUUGGGGAAGAAUGGCUGGAAAGCCGCCUGGCAGAGAAGGACCUGGGUGUGGUGGCUGACGGGUGGCCAAGACUGCCAAUAGCAUCCUGGCUUGGAUUCUAUUGAUUCAUAGUAACUUUAGAGAUCAACAUCAACAUCUUAAACUUGCAGACACAAUCUGAGUUAUUAAGCCCCUGCUGCUUCCUGACAAGAAACAAAUGGGCUGGUUUUAGAGGAGAUGGCAUUAAACUUGCUUUCAUUAUUUCUUUUUUUUUUUUUUUUUUUUAAUUAAAAGCCUCAGCACUAUUUUUGUGUGUGGUUUGGUUUUUAGACUGAAUCUGGCUAUGGAUCAGAGUCAAGUUUACGACGCCACGGCUCCAUGGUGUCUCUUGUUUCUGGAGCAAGUGGAUACUCUGCAACAUCCACCUCUUCGUUCAAGAAGGGCCAUAGCUUACGUGAGAAGCUUGCAGAAAUGGAAACCUUUAGAGACAUCUUGUGUAGACAAGUUGAUACUUUACAGAAAUACUUUGAUGCCUGUGCAGAUGCAGUUUCCAAAGAUGAACUCCAGAGGGAUAAAGUGGUAGAAGAUGAUGAAGAUGAUUUCCCUACAAUGCAUUCUGAUGGGGAUUUUUUACAUAACAGUAACAGCAGUAAGGAAAAAUUGUUUCCACAUGUGACACCCAAAGGAAUUAAUGGCAUAGACUUUAAAGGAGAAGCUAUAACUUUCAAGGCAACUACUGCUGGAAUCCUUGCUACACUCUCUCAUUGUAUUGAACUCAUGGUAAAACGUGAAGAAAGCUGGCAAAAAAGACUAGAUAAAGUAAGAUAAAUUUCCUUUCACUUUUGUUGAAAUAAUUCUUUCUUUAGACUGAAAUUGAAAUUUCAAAUUAGCUGGUUUAACUUUUUUUAUUCCAGGUAUUGCUUUUAUUUUUAUGUACAGCAUUUAUUAAUUUUAGGUACUUUCAUUAUUUAUUACUCCUAUAAAAUGUUAAAACCUCAUCCUGACUGUUGGUGAUACAGUAACAUUAUUCAUCAUAUUCUUUGUUUUCCUAGCCCUUGCUCAGACAGUAUUCCUAUUUUUUAUAUAUCUAUAAAGAACCAGAUAGUAUUCUACAGUAAUUGCUUACAGCCUUCUAAAAGAGACCUAAUUAUCCAUGCUUGCAAAAUGAUAUGCAAAUCUCUGAAAUGCUUUAAUUGUGAUAAGAGAUGGUAACAGUACUGAGGAGAACAACCAGUUCUAACUUUAAAGGUCUAGGAUAAAAUUAUUUCACUUACUUACCUUUGAAAGACUGAAGAGAUUAAUUUAAGACAUGUUUUAUACCAAUUGGUUAAAUUUUUUAGAGUGAUGUCUAAUGGCAGUGACAAUUCAUGGUAAGCUGACUCAACCAUUAUACCAACUUGAAAGGAGCAGUGUUCCCUCUUGUCAGAUUAGAUGUGCUAGAAGCAUGGCUAGGUUGUACUUCAGGCUUUGAUUUCUACAAUCCUGCCAUCACUGGCUGGUGUCCUAUACAGUCCUUUAGACAUUGUUGACUUGUUUUUAAUUUAACAUGUUUCCAUAUGGUAUAUAUCACACUUCAAAUCUUACUCCAUAUGUGCUAGUGGUACACAGUUCAAAGAAUUAAGUAGUUCAGAUAAAAUACAUCCACAUUUGAAUCCUUGCCCCUGUCUCCUGGCUCUUCCUUGUCUAUAUGUGUCAUGGUUUUGGCUGGGAUAGAGUUCAUACUCUUCACUGUAGUUGGUAUAGUGCUGUGUUUUGGAUUUAAUAUGAGAAAAAUGUUGAUAACACACUGAUGUUUUAGCUGUUGCUAAGUAGUGCUUAUACGAGUCAAGGACUUUUCCAGCUUUCCAUGUUCUAGCAGGCGCACAAGAAGCUGGGAGGGGAGGGGGGCAGAGCCAAGACAGGUGAUCCAAACUGGCCAAAGGGAUAUUCCAUAUCAUAUGAUGUCAUGCCCAGUAUAUUAACUGGGGGGAGUUGGCCGGGGGAGGCAGCAAUCGCAGCUUGAUGACCGGUGGCGUUGGUUGGUGGGUGGUGAGCAGUUGCAGCACUUGUUU